UAGGUCGUCACCGGGUGGUCAGUAAGUAUGCCUGCAAGGAGGUCCCGAACGAUCAGGGGCGCGCGCCGGCGUCCUCCCGUUUCCUUGGCGACGGUCCUUCGGCGAGAACGCGGUUAAUUCGUGAUGAAAUCGGGAAAAUUAAGCAGAAAAGGGGCGUCCGUGAAGCUGAAACAUGUGACGCGAGCGAAUCCAGAGCAACCCCCACCCCCCCGCCACCGGAAGACGGGAGCGUGGACAGUCACGGAACAGCUCGUCCGUCUCCUUCGCCCGCAGCCGCAGUCCCGCAUGAUGCGCGCGGCGGUCUUGCGCCCUGUGCCAUGUCACCCCGUUCGUGCACGCUCCUCCUGCUGGCGCUCGCCGCCGCGGCCCUGAUAUCGACGCAGAGCUGCCGCGGCUGGAGCGACGAAGACCGCGCGCUGGCUGCUCCCGUCAACUCCAGCGGUUCGCGUCUCGAGGACCUCCGCGUGGACUUGCGCUACUCUAAGAGGUCCGUGCACGAAGACGCGCGCCUCCCGGAGGCGUCGCUGCAGCCCCCGUGCAACGUGAGCGUGCGCAGGCUCAUGCCCACCUCCCUGAUCGCGCACUGGGACAGGCACGUGGGCUUCCAGUGCGACGUGCACGUGUACACCACGAACCGGGGAAGGGCGCUCUUCUGCGCCGCCUUCAACUGGGUGGCCUCACCUGUGGUCAUCGAGCACCUGGCCGUGUCGGGCGGCCAGCAACAGUUCCGCCUGUGCGUCGGAUGCGGGGUCGCGCGAAGCGCGCGCGGAGCGCACGGCGGCUCGCACGCGACCGGCGAUCCGCUGAGCUUCUGCUGCGUGGAGUUUGCGCUGAACGAGCUGACAGAGGACAGCGGCUGGACGCUCAACCGCAAACCCAUCGAGUCCACACUCGUGGCCUGCUUCAUGACGCUCGUGAUCAUAGUGUGGAGCGUUGCCGCCCUCAUCUGGCCGGUGCCCAUCAUUGCCGGCUUCCUUCCCAAUGGCAUGGAGCAGCGGAGGCCCAGAUGAGACGCGCCCUACGCGCCCGAAGCGCCGGCGCACGUUGCCGCGUGUGUACGCGUGACAGGGGCACUUCCACUUCCAUCGACUCGACAUCAGGCGGUGGCCUGGUCAGUGCGGACCUCUUGCAGUCUGAAGGAUCUGGGUUGGAAUCCCAAUAAUCCCCUACCGUAGGGCCCUUGAUCAAGGUACCUGCUUUGAAUUGAUACGGUAAAAAUCACCCUGCUGCUGUAAAUGGGUGACACAUCGGGAGCGCUGCUGUCUCAUGGCUG